UUGGAUGAGUUGACCGAGCAGUGGCUGUUGAUUGACAAGCAGACAGCCUAUGGAGAGACUGGAAUAUGAUCAAACAGUCCAAUAGUGAAGUCUCGGCCACGGAGCUGAGGAGCCUGAUUUUCUGCUCGUUUCUUGCACUUUAAAUCCAACUGUCGGAAAUGCGGGAGAUUGUGCACAUCCAGGCCGGCCAGUGCGGCAACCAGAUCGGGGCGAAGUUCUGGGAAGUCAUCAGUGAUGAACAUGGCAUUGAUCCUACGGGCACCUAUCGUGGAGAGAGCGACCUGCAACUGGAGAGGAUGAAUGUCUACUACAAUGAAGCCACAGGUGGUAAGUUUGUGCCUCGUGCUAUCCUUGUGGAUCUGGAACCUAGUACUAUGGAUUCUGUUCGUUCAGGACCCUUUGGACACCUCUUCAGACCAGAUAAUUUUGUGUUUGGACGUAGUGGUGCCUCUAACAACUGGGCCAAGGGUCACUACACUGAAGGAGCUGAACUGGCCGACUCUGUCAUGGAUGUGGUGAGGAAGGAGGCUGAGGGAUGUGAUUGCCUCCAGGGAUUCCAGCUUAUCCAUUCACUGGGUGGUGGUACUGGUGCUGGCAUGGGCACUCUUGUCCUCAACAAGAUCCGUGAAGAAUACCCUGACAGAAUGAUGCUCUCUUUCAGUAUUAUUCCUUCACCCAAAGUAUCAGACACUGUGGUAGAGCCCUAUAAUGCAACUCUAUCUAUUCACCACCUCAUAGAGAAUACAGACGAGACCUUCUGUAUUGAUAAUGAGGCUCUGCAUGACAUCUGUUUCCGAACCCUCAAACUCACAUCUCCCACUUAUGGUGACCUGAAUCAUCUAAUAUCAGCCACCAUGAGUGGUGUAACAACGUGUCUGCGUUUCCCUGGUCAGCUCAACGCUGACCUGCGUAAACUAGCAGUGAACAUGGUCCCCUUUCCACGCCUACAUUUUUUUGUGCCUGGCUUUGCUCCUCUGACUAGUCGUGGUACCCAGCCAUACCGUGCCCUGACAGUACCUGAGCUUACCAAGCAAAUGUUUGAUGCCAAGAACAUGAUGGCAGCCUGUGAUCCUCGACACGGCCGCUACCUGACCGUUGCUGCUGUUUUCCGGGGUCGCAUGUCCAUGAAAGAGGUGGAUGAACAGGUGUUGAACAUCCAGAACAAAAACAGUCCUUAUUUUGUAGAGUGGAUCCCCAACAAUGUCAAGACGGCUGUCUGUGACAUCCCACCCCGAGGCCUCAGAAUGGCAGCCACCUUCAUUGGCAACACGACGGCCAUCCAGGAGCUGUUCAAGCGCAUUGGUGAGCAGUUUUCUGCCAUGUUCCGGAGGAAGGCUUUCUUGCAUUGGUACACCGGUGAGGGCAUGGAUGAAGUGGAAUUUACAGAGGCUGAGGCUGACAUGCUGGAUUUGAUAGCUGAGUACCAGUACUAUCAGGAAGUUCAAGUGAAUGAGGGGGCUCAGUAUUAUGUAGAUGAGGUUGAUGAUGAUGAUGAAGAAUCCUGAACACCUUUAUUUUGAGCUCUUGAUUCUUUACAGGUCUCUCCAAAUAGGUCCUCUCUCUCCUGCACUGUUCACACAAUCUCAUCUUGAUAGUGAAUGGACUAAUUAAAAUCAUCUGACAGUAUUUGGAGUAUUGACUGGUUGAAGAGUUAAAACAAUGUGUGCAGUUGAAGUAUAUUAACUGUGCAGCCGGGAGAACCCCUGUGAUCCAUGUUGGCCAGCUAUCCCAUAGCACUUCCUUAAUGUAAUUCCAGAAUCCUUGAAACCCAAGUAAUGCAAUGGCAAAGGAUACUUUGUAUCAUGAUGCAAGAUUCUCGUUGGAAGAAGAAGCAGGACAGGUUGCCGUGCUCCUCAGACCUGCCCCACCAUUCAUUAAAAUCAUAGCUGAUCUGCUCACUCCUGCAACCUUUUAUAUCCUUGCUUAUAAAGAAUCAAUCCAUUACUGCCUUAAAAAUUUUCAAAAACUGUUCCCACCACCUUUUGAGAAAUAGAGUUCCAAAGAGCCAAGAGUCAAGAGAAAAAAAUUCUUCUCAUCUUGGACUUUAAUGGGUGACUCCUUAUUUUGAAACAGAUGCCCCUAGUUUUAGACUCUCCCACAAGAGGAAAAGCACAUUUUCAUGUACACCUUGU